AUGUACAGAUUACAAUCUUGCAAGCAGUUGAAAAAUAAGGGCGCUCGGUAUGCUCUUUUUAAUUGUGUCAUCUCUUGUGAUCGAUCGAGACCCGUCCAUUCCCUACCAUUUGCCACGGUGAAAACUGAGAAACUAUCAGGUUCUCAACCAGCUGAAGUACAAAAUUUGGUGCAGGGAAAAUGGAUGAGGUCUUCUAAUUGGAAUACAAUUGUGGAUCCUUUAAAUGGGGAACCAUUCAUCAAAGUGGCAGAAGUAGAUGAAACAGGGUUACAGCCAUUUGUAGAGAGCUUGUCGAAGUGCCCUAAACAUGGUUUACAUAAUCCAUUCAAAGCACCAGAGAGGUACCUCAUGUUUGGAGACAUAUCAGCUAAGGCAGCUUACCAGCUUUCUCUGCCUGAGGUUUCAGAUUUUUUUUCGAAGUUGAUACAAAGAGUGGCUCCAAAGAGUUACCAGCAGGCUCUUGGAGAAGUUUAUGUCACUCAGAAAUUUCUCGAAAAUUUCUGUGGUGAUCAGGUUCGUUUUUUGGCCAGGUCGUUUGCAGUACCUGGUAAUCAUUUGGGACAGCAGAGCCAUGGUUUUCGCUGGCCUUAUGGCCCUGUGGCAAUAAUUACUCCCUUCAAUUUUCCUUUGGAGAUUCCCCUGCUUCAGCUGAUGGGUGCACUUUAUAUGGGGAACAAGCCAGUUGUUAAAGUUGAUAGCAAGGUCUGCAUUGUUAUGGAACAAAUGAUUCGUCUACUCCAUGAUUGUGGGUUGCCCAUGGAGGAUGUUGAUUUCAUAAAUUCUGAUGGAAAGACCAUGAACAAACUUCUUAAAGAGGCAGAACCGCGCAUGACUCUCUUCACUGGCAGUUCGAGAGUUGCAGAUAAGUUGGCAGUUGACUUGAAUGGCCGCAUUAAACUGGAAGACGCUGGAUUUGAUUGGAAGAUUCUUGGUCCUGAUGUCCAGGAGGUGGAUUAUGUUGCAUGGGUCUGUGAUCAAGAUGCAUAUGCAUGCAGCGGUCAAAAAUGCUCCGCCCAAUCAAUACUUUUCACGCAUGAGAAUUGGACUAAAACUCCGCUCUUACGCAAAAUGACUGAUCUUGCUGCAAGAAGGAAGCUUGAUGAUCUAACUGUUGGCCCUGUCCUUACUUUCACAACCGAAGCAAUGCUAGGUCACAUGAAUCAAUUGCUUCAGAUAUCAGGAUCGAAGCUUCUUUUUGGUGGUGAAGCUUUAGAAAACCAUAAUAUUCCUGCUAUUUAUGGAGCUAUUAAACCUACUGCUGUUUUUGUUCCACUGGAAGAAAUGCUGAAGGACAACAAUUAUGAGCUUGUAACCAAAGAAAUAUUUGGUCCAUUCCAGAUUGUUACGGAAUACAAGCAUAAUCAGCUUCCAUUGGUAUUGAAUGCCCUCGAGAAAAUGCAUGCCCAUUUAACAGCUGCCGUGGUUUCAAAUGAUCCUCUUUUUCUACAGGAAGUUAUUGGAAAAACAGUUAAUGGAACUACUUAUGCCGGGCUCAGAGCAAGAACGACAGGGGCUCCUCAAAAUCACUGGUUUGGUCCAGCUGGAGAUCCAAGAGGAGCCGGAAUUGGAACUCCUGAAGCAAUAAAGCUCGUCUGGUCGUGCCACAGAGAAAUCAUAUAUGAUCAUGGUCCCUUGCCACAGAAAUGGGAAAUUCCAACAGCAACUUAA